AUGUUGUCAUCAGCAUCCCGAGCGGACCAGGAGGAGCACUACCGCUUCCUCCACAGCAUGUUGAUGGAGAAGAAGCUGCACAUGCUCUUCAAGAUCUACGAGCGACUGCGGCGCUUUGUGAAGCGGGCUCCCGUCCCCGUCGAGGAGCGUGCGAGCAGUCUGGCCUCACAUUUUCUCGAAGACCUGGUCCAACAUGAAUGGAGAGAGGAAGUCAAAGAACUGUCGGCCCUGUUCUCCAAACCUCACUUUAAGAGUCUUCUAUAUGUCCAUGAUGCAGUAGCGCAGAGAGACUACGAGCCAACAUUGCCUCCAAUCCCCGACUGCGUAACGGACGACGAAGACGACUCAGUCAAGAUUGUCAGUCUGGUCAAAACCAAAGAGCCCCUGGGAGCCACAAUUAAACGGGAUGAAUCCACCGGGGCGAUCGUUGUGGCGAGAGUCAUGCGUGGAGGCGCUGCAGACAAGAGCGGCUUGAUCCAUGAAGGAGAUGAGCUGAAAGAGGUGAAUGGAGUCUCACUGGAGCGCAGGAAGCCAAAAGAAAUUAUUCCCCUUUUGGCACGCUCGGAAGGUGACGUCACGUUCACCAUUGUUCCGGCGUCCUCCAAGCAAGAUGUGGCGUCCCAUAAAAAGUUGUUUGUAAGAGCUCUCUUUGACUACGACCCAAAUGAGGAUCCGGCUGUGCCGUGCAAGGAUGCGGCGAUCGCCUUUAAAAGAGGCGACAUCCUGCAGAUUGCCACCAUGGAGGAUGACGCCUGGUGGCAGGCUUGCCCCGUCGGUGGCGACAACACCCGAGCGGGACUCAUCCCCUCACAGCAGCUCCAAGAGAGAAGAGUUGCACUGCAGCGACCCAAAGCCCUGUUCCAGCCCGAGCAAGUCAAAGCAACAGUUUUUCCAGUGGAGGAGGAUGUCGACUACGGUGCUAUAACUGGAAUCCACAUUGCUGGUUUGAGGAAGAGUUUCCGACUGGGCAAGAAGAGCAGUCGGGUGAAAGAAGCAGCUUGUUCUAGAAGGUGGAGCUCAGGGGUUCAUGACUCCAUUUGUCCGCCUACGUACGUGGAGGUCAUCCCGUACCAUAAAGAUCCUAAAGACAGACACCGCCUCGUGGUAUUGGUGGGCCCCAGCGGUGUUGGAGUGAACGAACUGAAGCGAAGGCUCCUGAUCUCAGAUCCGGACCUCUACGGUGUAACUGUACCAUACACCACCCGUGAGAAGAGAAGCCAAGAGACAGAAGGACUGGAUUAUCAUUUUGUAUCGGUCCUCAAAUUCGAGGAGGACAUUCUCAACCACAGGUUUAUAGACUAUGGGAGAUACAGAGGCCACUACUAUGGAACAAGUCUGGACUCAGUUCGCCGGGUGUUGGCCGAGGGCAAAGUGUGCCUCCUGGACCUGAACCCUAGUAAGCUGAAGCGCAUCUACACGUUUGAAUUCAAGCCGUACGUGGUUUUUGUGAAGCCGCCGCGGGCGGAGGAGUUGCGCCUCAGCAGGAGGAGAGCCAAAACCCUCAGCGAUGAAGAGGACUCGAACCAAGUCAGGAUGUUCUCAGAGGAAGAUUUUGAGGACAUGAUUCAUUCGGCCCAAACCAUGGAAGCCCAGCACGGCCACAUGUUUGACGAGGUGAUCGUUAACGGGGACAUCGCCACGGCCUUCAGGGAGCUCAAGGCGGACCUCCGGCGUGUGGAAGAGGCGGAGGUGCGCUGGAUUCCUGCAGAGUGGCUUCGCCUCUCACCGGUCAUGGCGAGGAGGAGUUGUGGACUUCUGGCCGGAUGGAUUUGAACUUUACAUGGACGCCGCAGAAAAAUGGUGUAUUUCAACAUCGCCGCUUUUUGGAGGAUUUAAAAAAAAAAUUAUUUCAUUUAAUUUAUUUUUUUUAUGACAUUGGUUAUUUCUAUAA